GUCUUCUGUCCGCGAACCUUAUCAGUUACACUUAAUAUGACAACAGCUAGGUCGCUAGUACUGGCUAUGUACCGAAACUAACCUUAUCAAUUGGUUUGAAUAUAUUGUAUAAAACUGUAAAAAUGGUAACAUUCCUGUAUAUUAUAUCAUUAAGCCUUUCAUUUACGGCCGUGGGAGGAGAUGACUGUGCAUGCGCAACAUCAAAUGUCCAUAUCCGGGAUGGAGCUGGUACAAAUGCUGAAAUCUUGACCACACUUAAGAAUCACCACUGUGUUAAAUUCAAUGGGACCAGACAGAUAGUGAACGGAGAUCGCUGGAUCAGUGUAAUUUACAAUGGAAAGUUCGGUUGGAUACAUGAAGCAUAUGUGACAAUAUCUUCUUGUGUAACGCACGCACCCUCCAGUUUGCUGCAACUACCCGGAUGUCCAAAUAUUGUGACCCGGGCAGAAUGGGGAGCACGGGCUCCCACCCAGUAUGCCGGAAGGCUACCAGCAACUCCAAAAUACAUGUUUCUUCAUCAUGGCGCCUCUUCACCCUGUUUUACAAAGGAGAAAUGCAUAGAUAAAGUUCAAGGGUAUCAAAACUGGCACAUGGACGGACAUGGUUGGAACGAUAUUGGGUACAGUUUUGUGGUCGGUGAAGACGGAAAUGUUUAUGAAGGUCGCGGUUGGGACACGAUUGGAGCGCAUACAAAACAUUACAACACUGUAGGUCUCGCAAUCUGUGUCAUCGGCGACUUCAGCGACCAUGUUCCAAACCAAGCCGCCUUGGAUGCCGUACAGAAGAUGAUAGCUUGCGGAGUCGCCAACAACAAACUGGUCUCAAACUACACCAUGCUUGGUCACCGAGAUGUGGGGUCUACUGCCUGCCCUGGAACUGCAUACUACAAUCUUAUCCAGACAUGGCCGCACUAUAAUUUGUAAACACAAAAUUUAUCUAAACAAAGUUUAACAAAGAUA